AUGGGCAAGCACGAGCGUGACCGAGACUCUAGUCGAUUGGAUGAGAGACGGAAGCGACACAAGAAACGACAUGAUAACGACAAGAAGAAGACAAAGAAGAGCAAAAAGCAUAAGGACAAAAAGAACCGCAUGCGACGCAAAAGGAGCCACCACAGUGACAGUGACAGUGCUAGCGACACCCCCUCUCCGGACUACAAAAGAGCGAUGAAGGUUGUGCAGGAGUUACUGAUGGAGACGCCGGAGAUUAGCAAGGACCUUUUCCAGCUGUUUCAGAUGGUGGAUGAUGGUGAAGUGGCCGUUAUUGGCGGCAUUAAAAACCGACGCAUUCGCUCCAAGCUCAAGGAGCUGUUCCCACUGUUUGGACUACAUAAGCUGCGAGAACCUAAGGAUGCCUUUGCUAAACCACGCAAAGAUACUGCAGCGGGAAGUUUGGUGGCGGUUUUCCGAAUAAUGCUUUCUGGCGACACUAAAGAGGUCGGUGAUUUCUACCAAAUUCCAGCUCCAACUUCAGGAAGUGGAGACGAUGAUACGACAUUGCUCGCGGAAGUUGCUGAGCCUGCAAGGAGAAAGCCAAUGAAGCGAGAGCUGCCUAUUGGGCCGACACUUCCUCCUGUCUCUUCGCAAUUUGGUAGUAGUGAUGUCCAAGACGAUGACGACGAUGAGGUUGUGGGUCCAGCACUUCCUGGUAUGAAGGGCUUUCGAUUAGCUGAUGAGCAUGUGGAGGCUGAAAUGGUUCGUAAGGCAAAACAAUUGGAAAAAGAACAAUGGGAACGUGCGCGUGAUGGUGGCAAGAGCACAAUGGCUGAGGCGGAUGGGAAAAAGACGUUGGUGCGAGAAGAGUGGAUGACGAUGAUGCCUGAGAGCUCGAUCCUGAAGGAUUCGCUUGGACCACAAAUCAGGCCCCCUUCCGGCAAACCUGCUGCGUUUCGGAGUAAGGAGCCUGCUGCUGUGGACAAAACAUGGUUCGAUUCCCCCGAAGAACGGGAACGUGCAAAACGUGCCAAGCUCGACAUGGAGUUGCUUGGUUACGUUCGCAAAGAAAAUGCACCUAGUGAUGCAACUGCAAGCGUUAUGACAAUAGCCCCAACAUCAGUGAACGAGUCAAUCUUACCUAAUGCAAACCCCGAGGCAGAUGAAGCAAUGCGGCAGCAAAUGGCGAGUCUACGGAAGGCACGAGGCCCGUCACUGUUAGAACAACACCAGCGCAAACAAGCUGAGCACGCAAAUGAUGGGGUCAGUACUACGCAAAGCAGCGGUGGAUGGAACAGAGACCGAGAUCUUACAUCUCGUCGAGGAAUGUCAGGGGACGAUGCAGAGCGCAUGAUAACGGCAGCGAAGCAGAUCAAUUCAAAGUUUACAGCACCAACGAUUUCACGGCAGUUCUUGUAG